AUGUGGAGUUACCUGUCCUUGCUGCCUGUCGUCUUAGUCUUGUGGGCUAUAGUUGGCAUCUGGAUUGUUUUUGCAAUCGCUGUGGUUAACGGUUCUGUGGACCUCGAGAAGGGCUUCCCCUUUAUCAGUCACUGUGGCUCUUAUGCUCCCCAGAGCUGCAUUUUCGGCCAAGUCCUCAAUAUAGGAGCUGCUCUAGCUGUUUGGAUCUGCAUUGUGCGUUAUCACCAACUCCGGGACUGGGGCGUCAAAACGUGGCAAAACCAGCUAAUUCUGUGGUCGGGGAUCCUCUGUGCCCUAGGUACCUCCAUAGUAGGCAACUUCCAGGAGAAGAACCAGAAGCCCACACACCUGGCAGGGGCCUUUCUGGCCUUCAUCCUGGGCAACCUGUACUUCUGGUUACAGCUCUUUCUGUCCUGGUGGACGAAAGGCUUACCCCAACCUGGGCCCCACUGGAUUAGCCCUCUGCGCCUGAGCCUCUGCAGCUUCUCCACCAUCCUCAUCGUGGCCAUGAUUGUCCUACACUCCCUACAUCUGCGCUCUGCCUCAGCUAUCUGCGAGUGGGCGGUGGCCAUGUCACUCUUUGUGUUAUUUGGCUUCUUUGCUGUGGACUUCUCCAGCUUUCGUGGAUGCACCCUGCACUUACAGCCCCAUCUGGACUCCAGUCUUCCACAAGCUCCCUCUGGGUCUCCAAAUACAGAGAUGGUAAAGGUGAUCUGACCAGACCCCACACUGCUGGUAGAGGAAGAAAGAUGGGGCCAACCCAGGCUCACCCAGCAAUGUACUGGAGGCUAAAGUAGACAGUGUGAUGGACGCACGGCGGAGUGGACUUGUGCUCACUGCUUAGAGAGGCAGUAUCGUGAUACCCACCUGUCCCUGUGAUCAGAAGCACCCCAGGAAUUGAGAGGCGAAGGCCAGCCAGCUGUCCCUGAUCAAGGCUAUUUAUUUUUGUUGUUGUUGUUGUUGCUGCCGCCGGCGGAAUCAGACACGAACGCAGGCAGGAUCACGCAAAACCAGAAUUCCUUCCGGGAGAGCAAAUCCGUACAGAAGGUCAUAGGGGAGGGGGAGAAGGACCUGGCGGGGAGCAAGGGCCCAGGAAGGGGAGUGGGGGGUUGGGGAUGACACAGAGACAGAGGGCCCUGUCCGGA